CUCGCUCUCUCCGCGGCGCUCUGAGGUGGUGUAGGGCGCGAAGCCCCCCCGGGCCGGGUGAGGCGCAGGCGGCGGGAUGCGGCGGCGGCCGUGGCGGAGUCGCGGUCCGGGCGGACGGGCGCGGUGAUGAGCGUCGACAACCGCCGCCAUGUCCAAGGUAACGGCGCCCGGGCCCGGGCCGCCGGUGGCGGCGGGCGGGAAGGAGAAGCGCUCGUUCAGCAAGCGGCUGUUCCGGAGUGGCCGCGCGGGGGGCGGCGGCGGUGCCGGCGGCCCCGGGCCGGCCGCGCCCUCGUCGCCGUCGUCGGCGCGCUCGGUGGGCAGUUUCAUGAGCCGCGUCCUCAAGACGCUGUCCACGCUCUCGCACCUCAGCUCCGAGGGCGCCGCCCCGGACCGCGGCGGCCUCCGCAGCUGCUUCCCGCCCGGGCCGGCCUCCGCGCCCACGCCGCCGCCGUGCCCGCCGCCGCCCGCCUCGCCCGCGCCUCCCGUCUGCGCUUCGGAGCCGGUGCCCGGCGUGGCGGGGCUCCGCAACCACGGCAACACGUGCUUCAUGAACGCCACGCUGCAGUGCCUCAGUAACACCGAGCUCUUCGCCGAGUACCUGGCUCUGGGCCAGUACCGGGCGGGCCGACCGGAGCCGGAGCCGGAGCCCGAGUCGGAGCAGCCGGCGGGUCGCGGGCCGCACGGCCAGGGCGAGGUCACCGAGCAGCUGGCGCAUCUGGUGCGGGCGCUCUGGACGCUGGAGUACACCCCGCAGCACAGCCGCGACUUCAAGAGUAUUGUGUCAAAGAAUGCGUUGCAGUAUCGAGGAAAUUCCCAACAUGAUGCCCAGGAGUUCCUACUAUGGCUUCUGGAUAGAGUUCAUGAAGACCUCAAUCAUGCUGUAAAGCAGAGUGGCCAGCCUCCUCUGAAGCCACCAUCAGAGACAGAUAUGAUGCCUGAGGGACCUUUUCCUGUGUGUAGCACUUUUGUACAAGAACUUUUUCAAGCCCAGUACAGGUCUUCUUUGACAUGUCCUCAUUGUCAGAAACAGAGCAACACUUUUGACCCUUUUCUGUGCAUUUCUUUGCCAAUUCCUCUACCCCAUACAAGGCCUCUCUAUGUCACUGUAGUGUAUCAAGGGAAAUGUUCCCACUGCAUGAGGAUCGGUGUGGCUGUGCCUCUGUCUGGGACAGUUGCCAGACUUCGGGAAGCUGUAUCUAUGGAGACAAAAAUCCCCACUGAUCAGAUCGUGUUAACAGAAAUGUACUAUGAUGGGUUCCAUCGGUCCUUUAGUGACACAGAUGACCUGGAGACGGUUCAUGAAAGUGAUUGCAUUUUCGCCUUUGAGACUCCAGAAAUAUUUAGGCCUGAAGGAAUUCUUAGUCAAAGAGGCAUUCACUUAAACAACAAUCUAAACCAUUUGAAAUUUGGCUUGGAUCAUCACAGACUGUCUUCCCCAGCACCAACAGCAGCAAAACAAGGGCGAGUAGACUUGCCCGCCAGAGUGGCAAGUGAUAAGAUUGUUCUGCUUGUAUGUAACCGGGCCUGCACUGGGCAGCAAGGGAAAAGAUUUGGACUGCCCUUUGUCCUGCACCUAGAGAAGACAGUAGCAUGGGACCUUCUGCAGAAGGAGAUCCUGGAGAAGAUGAAGUAUUUCUUGAGGCCUACUGUCAGCAUCCAGGUAUGCCCAUUCAGUUUGCGUGUGGUCAGUGUCGUGGGAAUAACUUACUUGCUGCCUCAGGAAGAACAGCCCUUGUGCCACCCUACAGUAGAAAGGGCAUUAAAGUCCUGUGGACCAGGCGGCACAGCUCAUGUGAAACUGGUAGUAGAAUGGGACAAGGAGACGAAAGAUUUCUUGUUUGUAAACACAGAAGAUGAGUAUAUCCCUGAUGCAGAGAGUGUUCGUCUGCAGAAGGAGCAGCAUCAUCAGCCACAAACCUGCACUUUAUCACAGUGUUUCCAACUCUACACCAAAGAGGAACGGCUUGCUCCAGAUGAUGCCUGGCGGUGCCCACACUGCAAGCAGCUGCAGCAGGGGAGCAUCACAUUAAGCCUGUGGACUCUGCCUGAUGUGCUUAUUAUACACCUCAAGAGAUUCCGCCAGGAAGGAGACAGGCGUAUGAAACUUCAGAAUAUGGUCAAGUUCCCCUUGACUGGCCUGGACAUGACACCUCAUGUGGUUAAGAGAAGCCAGAGCAGCUGGAGCUUGCCAUCUCAUUGGUCCCCAUGGCGACGGCCCUAUGGACUCGGGAGGGACCCUGAGGACUACAUCUAUGACCUGUAUGCUGUGUGCAAUCAUCAUGGCACCAUGCAAGGGGGGCACUACACAGCCUACUGUAAGAACUCCGUGGAUGGUCUCUGGUAUUGCUUCGAUGAUAGCGAUGUGCAGCAGCUGUCAGAAGAUGAGGUGUGCACGCAGACAGCUUACAUCCUUUUCUACCAGAGGCGGACAGCUAUCCCAUCAUGGUCAGCCAAUAGCUCGGUUGCAGGUUCCACAAGUUCUUCUCUGUGUGAGCACUGGGUGAGCCGGCUCCCAGGAAGCAAGCAAGCCAGUGUGACUUCUGCAGCCUCCUCCAGACGCACGUCCUUGGCCUCACUGUCUGAGUCUGUAGAGAUGACAGGGGAAAGGAGUGAAGAUGAUGGAGGCUUUUCUACUCGACCAUUCGUGAGAAGUGUGCAGCGUCAAAGCUUGUCAUCCAGAUCUUCUGUCACCAGCCCCUUAGCUGUCAAUGAAAAUUGCAUGCGGCCUUCUUGGUCCCUGUCUGCCAAGCUGCAGAUGCGUUCCAGUUCUCCUUCCCGCUUCUCGGGGGACUCCCCAAUCCAUGGAUCUGCCUCCACCCUUGAAAGGAUUGGAGAGGCAGGUGAUGACAAAGUCUCCAUUUCUUGCUUUGGUAGUCUGCGGAACCUUUCUGGUAGUCACCAGGAACCAAGUGACAGUCACAAUAGACGAGAGCACAAGGCUGUGGGCCGGGCCCCACUGGCUGUCAUGGAAGGUGUGUUCAAAGAUGACUCAGACUCUGGAAAAUUGAACUCCAGUGUUGUAGACACACCAAGCAAAAACCGAGCACAAGGGGAUCACUUGCCCCCCAUCUCUGAUCCUUUUGAUAAUAAUAACCAGAUUGCUUAUGUGGACCAGAGUGAUUCUGUCGACAGCUCUCCAGUCAAAGAGGUGAAACCUCCAAGCCACUCAGAUUCUCUUACAAAGAAGCCAGAGAGCACAACCAAGAGCUCCCCUAGUUCCAAAGGUACUUCUGAGCUAGAGAAGAAUAUGCGGAAGGGGAGGCCAGCCUUGGCUAGCCAGGAAUCUUCUCUUUCAAGUCCAUCUCCUUCUUCUCCUAUUCCUGUGAAGGUUUCCAUGAAACCUGCCCGCUGUCGGAGCAAAGCAGAUUCUUCCAGGACAAGUGGAAGGCAUUCAUCUUCCUCCUCUACCCAACCCAAAAAAGAAUCUUCCCCCAGGUCCCAGGAAUCCAUGUCAUCUCCUUCACCGCAGAAGCAAAAGUCUGCUUCUGCCUUUACUUAUUCCUCCUCAUCCAUAUCUGCCAAAAAAGCCCCAGGCCCUGCCACCAGAGGCCCCUUCCCUUCUGGGAAGAGCAGGACUUCUGACCGGAGCUUGAGUAGAGAAGGUUCCAGACAAAGCUUAGGCUCUGACAGAGCCAGCGUCACCUCCACCUCCACCUCCAAACCCAGCUCCCCUCGGGUGAAUCAGGCCAGAACAGGGGACAACAGAGUGGAUGGCAAGCACGUCCGGAGCUCGUCCAUGGCCAGCCUGCGUUCACCUAGCACAAGUGUGCGCUCUGGGUUGAAGAGGGACAGCAAGUCUGAGGAUAAGGGACUGUCUUUCUUUAAGUCAGCCUUGAGACAGAAAGAAACCCGGCGGUCAACUGAUCUUGGCAAGACAACCUUGCUAUCCAAAAAGGCUGGUGGGAGCUCUCUCAAGUCAGUCAGUAAGAACACUGCAGAUGACAAGGCAGAGAAAGGCCAUCAGCCCCUAGACUCACAGCAGCCAAACACAAAUGCAGUUGGAAAGGAACAGCUUGUCUCUAAGGACCCUGCUUCUGCUAAACAUUCCUUGCUAUCUGCUCGCAGAUCCAAGUCUUCCCAGCUAGAUUCCGGAGCUCCCUUGUCUCCCAGUAGCAGGUCGACCACUGAGAAAGGCUCUAAAAAGCUGUCUUCUAGCAUGCAAACCUCUGCACGGCCUUCUCAAAAACCUCAGUGAUCUUCUGCAAUCGGGUGUUUUAUCUGUACAGAUGUUUAUUUAUUUAGAACCCCUCCUCUCCCACACCAAAGUCCUCUAUGCUUUUAUUUUGUAUUUUUUGGGGUCAUGUGCCUGACUGUGUGAGAGUAUGAGUGUGUGUGUGGAAUUCAAAUUGUUAAAAGUGUCGCCUUAUUCUGCCAUUGAACCAAAUAACAGCCAUAGGCAAAGCAUUGAUACCAAGCUUACUGGAAUAGUUGUAGAAAAUAAUCUGAAUAGUCCCUUUAGCAAUCAUCCCUAUUUCAUUCCAGAAAACUCUUAAUGACUUUAUUGGACACUAGGGUUUGGAAACCUGUGAACCAAUUAAGCUAUCAGUGUAUAGACAGAUGAACAGUCAGCCUUGGGUUUCAUCUGAGCAGAAUUUAUCUUCAUGUGGAUUGUUGAGUGGCAUCAAGAGCUUAAAAAACAAAAACUGAUGCUAACAACAAAAUAACUUGUGGGAAAAUUUGUUUUCUGCACUUUGGCCCCAUCUACCAGUCUUUGUAAGGGCAAUAUCUUAACACUAAUGUUUCUCAGGUAUAUAUACUCAGCUAGUCCAGUAUGGAUGCACAUUACUAAUAGAUGGAUUCAAGAGGAAGGUGACAUGGGGUGGCGACUGUCCUGCUGCCACAGGUAGAAGCUUUACAGGUAGGCAUAAAAUCUUUGCUACUUUCGUAUCUGAAGUGAUAGCCUGUCUUGACUCCUUAUAUAUGUUCUAAGAUCUGACAAAUUUUGAAUAGUCAGAAAGCCAGUCACUAAUUAAUUUUUUUUCAUUCUCAGUUUGCUAGCUAAGGCCAUUGGAAUUUUGAAUUGUAGCAGAGUAGUUAAUGCCUUUGAAAGAUUCCCAGAGAAAAAAUUUUUAUUCCAAACUGAAGCCUAAGUUGGUACCAUUUUCCUUCCCUGAUGCUGCUUGUUUCUGUUAGAAAUUGAGGAUCUCAUACUGCCUCGUGUGUGCAUGCUCAUGCCUUGUCUUGUUGCUUGGAAAAGAAAGAAGUUGCCUCUUGCCAAGAGCUCCUGAUGGUCUAUUGAUGUGGGGUGAGGCUGAGUGCUGUACAUGCAAUGUGGAUCCUGGUGCCAGUCUUCCUUUUGACUGCUUUCCAGUAGCUUACUUAUAUCCACUCUGCUCUGAAGAGGUAAUCUCUGACCCAGCAUUCAGAAACAGAGUCUGGCAUGUGUUCCCCUGGCAUGUAAUUACAAAUUGCAUUCUUAUGUAUGAAAAGGGGAACCUCACUGAAUUCUCACAGAUAAAGAAAACAAUUUUCCAAGGCUUGUAGAAAUCUCUUAGAAAUACUUUGCAGCUCAGUUUUUUAGUAUCCUCUUUAUUUAUUUUUUAGUAUCAAGAGAAUCAUGGUCGUGAUUCUCAGAAUAGCAUUUGUCAUUUUGUCAUUAGAUAUAGCAUGUGAGUUUGUAGUUACUAAAUUCUAAGGCUCGUGGUUCCCAGGCCUCGCUCUUCAGUAUUUCUGUGAAUGGACUGCAGUGCAUAUGUGCACGCAGUUUUGAUUUCUACACUGUCCUUUUGUUCUUCUAUGAAUACCUCUUGGGAAAUAUUUCCAAUAGGUUGCUUAAGUUUAUUUUGCUGCUAAUGUUGACAUUAGCUGGUAGCUUGCAGGUUGAGGGUGGCUGGAACUUUCAGCUCUUGUGGUAUUUGAGGCUUAGCGUUCAGCCUUGUGCACAUUACCACAAUGCUGUCUACCCAGUUCAGUGUGUGUAAGCCAGUGCCUAUGACACUCAGUCCUGUACUGGCUGCUUUUAUAUUCCUCCCGCCCCCAUGCCCCAUUAUGGCUUCCCAAAGCAUUGAAGCUCUCUGUCCUGCCUUGGUGUGACUGAGGUGACUGCUGCCUUACAUGUCAUCAUUUAUUCAGUGGCACAAGUUGAGCCCCGUUAGUGUUUAGCCACCAAUCUUUUUUUUUUUUUUUUUUAUAGCCACCAAUCUUGUUUUAUUUUUAUUUUCUGAAAAAGCAAGAAAUAUUGAGACCAUUAGUAUCAGGAAUUGAGCAUUUAUGUGCUUUGAGCCUGUGAAACAGUCUUAGAAUUAUAGUAUGAUAAAACAAAGAACUUUAAUAACAGGCUGUUUUGCCAUAAUUAAGAUGAAUAGAAACUAGUUUAAUUUUCACAGUACUAUAUCGUUUUAUUUUUGAAGGCAGUAGGAGUGGAUCCUCUUUUCCCUACAUAUCAUGUUUUUAAAAACAAAACAGAAAAAAUCUCUAGUGGUCUUUACUUUUCCAUGGGCUCUAGAAAUACAUUUUUAAUAAUAUAAUAAAACCUAAAAGCUACAUGCAUAUGGAGUUUAGUGCUUAUUUCAUAUUGAGUUCAAUAGAAAAAAAUCAGGAAGUGUCAUGGCAUUAUCUAGGCUGUGAAACUGUUAUGUUUGUGAGGUCGGUAAAUGGUAAAAUCGAAUUCCCAACUACUGGGAUAUAUUUAAGACACAGAAAAUACUACUUUAAAGGUGCUGCCUGCAGUGAAAUGGCUUAUGAGAAUAUCACUUAGUUCAUUCCAUUCUGAGGCAGGGUUAGGGACUUGGUUAUUAAAAUCUUUCUCCCAGUGAUUUGGGCACAGUGAACAUGUGUACUUUGGGGCCAAACUCAAAUGGUAGGUCAGGGUUUCUGCUUAGCCUGUUAGGGCAGUCAUUCCCAGGAGGCACACAGCAACAACCAACAGCGUGAUGAAUUAGUAAUGCUGUUUUGCUGUUAAAUAAAAAUCUUUUUCAUUCUUGCUCUCUUUUCCUGUAAACAUUGUGUGCAUGAGGCUACACCAUUCCUUAAAUCACCCUUCCACCUUGCUUUCACAACUCCUCAGAUGAUGUGGAAGGGCGAAGCUCAUAUGCUCCUGUCACUUAAGACCCUGGCCAACCUCAUUUGUAUUUUUUCCUGCUGGCAUGAAAAGCAGCUUCAGAGUAAGUAGUGCUGUGCCAGACCUAAAGAGCUGUGCGGUGCCACAGUUGUGCACCCAUCAGGUUGCCUUGAACACAUGGAAUCCUCCUUUAAUCAUUCAUCAUUCAUUUGGGCCCACUUUGCAUAUAGAGGCAAGCUGAAAGCUUCAGCAGUGGUGUCCUGGAAGACACCAAAUCCGUGUCAAGGAGUGAUAGUUGUCAACAGAAACAAGCUGGUAAAUUCUGUCCAGCUAAAGUCUGGAAAUCUAAAGUGUCCUUGUUCAUCACUGGUUCAGACUGAACUGUCUGGACUGUGUAGUGGUUAAAAUGCAGUACCUAGACACUUCACAUAAAAUUAACCCUCUGUGUUUGUAUGAGAUGGAUGUGGAGAUUAUUGAGGGAUGGGAGGCAUUGUCAGUCCCUCUAAACUUACUAUAAUAAAACUAAUAAGAUUAGUAUAUAUAGGGAACAGUAAUGGCAGUUUAAGGGAAUGUGGAUUAAAGAGUUAUGAACAAAAGCUCAUUUCAAAUAUCCUCUUUGAGUAGAUGAACAUGUGAAAUCACAUUUCAUUUUGACAGAUUACUAACUAGCUGAAGUUACAGUUUCCUCUGUAGGUUGUCAUUGAAUACAAAGAUAGUGUUCUGGGUUGGAUUUUGAGCUAGGUUGAAAAUCAUAAGCACAGUUUCCUUAAAACACACUUUGAAGGUGCAUUGAUGCUUAUAUUUUGGAAUUGAGAAGAGCAAAAUUUACUGACAAACCAGUGCCUACGUAAUAAAAACAACUUAGCUGCUAGUGUGCAGGCUGCUUUUGCUUUAGUUUUAUAAAGAGUUCAUUGAUGUUUAACCUGACUGCACCUUUCAGGUGGGACAUGAUACUUUUAUUUCUCUGACUGCUUGGUGUCCCAUGCUGCCUUUUGAUCAGACCCCAAGCUGUUUUUGCAGCUGCCUUUUGAGCAUGACCAAUCAUUUUGUAAAGAAAACAAUUGUGCACGCCCACCAUCCAGCUCAGAAAGCAUGCUCAUACUACCUAUGCAAGCAACUGAUUAAAACGCAUACAGAGAACUACGCUAAACAUUGAGUCUUAGAAAGGGACAACUCUCAGAUUCUAGAGUUCUAUUUUUGAAUUUGUGAUUUUUAAAAUGUGGCUUAAUCAUCAGUGUGGGUGAACUUGAAUGUGAGUUUAGGUUGCUUUGCAUAUAUUUCUUUGCCAAUCUCCUUGGUCAUUGGUAAGAUUGUGUAUAAAAUAGUAUUUUGCAAGCAGGAGUGGAUUGGACAUGUUGAACAUACACUGGUGUAUAUACUGUAUUUAGCCUGAAGACUUUCCUAAAGUAUUUUGUUCUAAGAAAUAACCUGCCAUUUUCUAUAGAUUUUAAUUUUUUAUAUCUUGUAGUAUUCUUUCAUCAUCACAUGGAGAGGUGUGGCUUUACACAGCGCUAACUAUUUUUAAGUGCUUUUAUAGCGACUUGGAGCUGCUAAGGAAGAUUGGGGAGCUUCCCACUCAACUGGUGUCAGUAAGAUAAAGCAUGUGGGAUAUAUGAUAGUGUUGUACAGUGGAGUUAGGUCCAGAUCCAUCUCACAUUUAUUUAAAUCCAUUGUCUCCCAUGGGGCAGGGGCAGCGAUAGAGCUUCAUAGCAUAUAUAAGAGGUGUCUUCACAUCUCAUACAGAGACUCUCCCCAGGCCAUUCUGGAGAAUUCCUUGAGAUCACUAGUAUCCCCAAAGGACUUGGAAUGCCUGGGUGGCUCUCAAGCUUUUGAUAUCAUUUAGCACUGCCUGGGUUCUGUAACUUUCUCUUCUUGUUUGCAGUCAGAACUGAAGGAUGUGGUGCACCAUCUUUUUGCCAUCAGUUUAUGGUGAGAAUCAUCACUGCCAUGCAGGGUACUCAGAAAGAACUCUAGUUGCUCUGGACAAGAAAAUUAAAAGGUGUCAGUCAGUCCUUGGCUUGGAAUCAGGGUGUGUGUGUGUGUGUGUGUGUGUGUGUGUGUGUGUAUGUUGGGGGCUUUCUGACUUCAAGGCCCGAAUUGGAAGUGUGAAGUGUUUUAUGCUUGGUGUGUUUAGGUAUUGUUCUUAUUUGCUGGUGGCAGGCAGAGUGCCCUGAGGGGUCUGAAUUAAUUCCCACAGUCUCUCCAGAUUCUACUCUGGGGCUGACACCGACCCAUGCAGGAGAGGGAAAACAUGUCCAGGUUAAAACAUGUGGUAGAAGACAGUGGAAAGUUUCCUGCCUCACCUUGCAAACCCUGCCCUGCUUCUGGCAGCACCGUUGUAAACCACAGGCAGUACUGGGCCUCCUGCUCAGGUUCACUCCCCUCUGGGUCUUUUCUAUGGAGUUUCUGGAAUCCUUUUUAGUUAGAAACAAAUGUGAAACAUUUUAUUCAAAUUAUUUUGGAGCCUUUGUUGAUUUUUUUAAUGUAAUUAAAAAGAUCAUGUAAUACUUAACCAGAAAUGUGGUAGUAUAUGUUACCUACAGAGGCACAUGAAAUUUGGUGUUAGUCUGUGGUGAGCUAGGCACACUAUACCAUCUUCAGAAUAAUCCACUGUGCUGUGUGUCCUCAUCCCAUUGAGCAUCAGACUGCCUACAAAAAGUUUAUCUGACAUGGCCCAUAUUUUAAGGCUAUCAGGAAAACAUCAGAGCUGGGACAGCUUUGGCACAGCCUCCCAGAGUCGAGCUCUCUGCUGCUAUGAACUCUGCAGCUGGAACUUUGCUAGGUGCUAUUCCAGACUGGGGGGCUGUGUUUCUGUGAUUGCGGUUCUGUUGGGUUUUCCUGUAGGCAUUUGUGUUGUGUAGGUUUGCUCACCAACUGUGCCUCUCACCACUGGUUAAAAUUGAGUUCAGGCCCAUUACCAAAAUGUGUUUUUUUUUUUUUUGUUUUGUUUUUGUUUUGUUUUUGUUUUGAUUCUCUUGUGUUUUUGCACCGGCGUGUAUUUCUCCAGUUGUCUUAAAAGCUACAUGUCAUGUCACUGUACACAAAAUGCUUUGGUGUCAUUCACGAGCCACCAUUAGUGAGCUCUGUAUCAAUUUUAAUUUUGCAGUAAAAGGACGGCAGAGUAUCCUUCCUGCAGGCUGGAAGAAAGUGUAUCCUACAUUUUAAAUUAUGUUAGGCCAAGUGCAUGAGGUGUGGCACUGCCUUCUGUUAUUUAUUUGUAUAUUUUAUUAUUCGAGGUGUACGCACUUUUAAGAAGCAGAAUUUAUAUUUUUAUGUUGAAAACGUUUUAUUUCUGAGACAGCAGUUGGUUGUAUAGUAUACAGUUGGAAUUAAGAGAAAACUGGAAAAUGUAACAAAACAUAAUAAAUUUAUUACAUGAUGCCUUCUUCAAGA